AUUUUGCCUGCCUUCUUAGUUCAUUCUUCUCGCCUCUCAACUAGGGAAAAGUAACAAAAGGGUAAAUAGAUGGCCUCAAGAGGACUUAAACUGAACAUUUGGUUUUACUAGAGUGAAUUAUAUUAUCAGAAUAUACUAUUAUUUUAGCACCGUAGACACGGAAACCCUUUCUCUGGAUUCUGGAGGAGAGCUGCUGGAUGUGAUUCUAGACGUGGAAAGGUUUAGGAAAAAUGUUGUGUGACGCUGCGCUGUUUUAAAAUCAAGGACUUCUAAGCUAUUGUUUUUCAUUUUCAGCUGACUUCAGCAUGGGGCAUCCUCCUCUUGAAUUUAGUGACUGCUAUCUGGAUAGCCCAGAUUUUAGAGAAAGACUCAAAUGCUAUGAAACAGAAUUGGAAAGAACAAGCAAAUUUCUCAAAGACGUAAUCAAAGAUGGCAACAAUGUAAUCAAUGCAAUUAAGGGUUAUUCUGUGGCUGUUCAGAAGUUCUCCCAGACUCUGAGCGCAUUCCAGUUUGACUUCAUAGGCGAUUCUCUGACAGAUGAUGAGAUGAACAUUGCGGAGUCGUUCUCAGAGUUUGCUGGUCUUCUGCAGGAAGUAGAGGAUGACAGGAUGAUGCUGGUUCAGAAUGCCUGUGACAUGCUGAUUAAGCCAUUGGAGAAGUUUCGGAAAGAUCAAAUAAGUGUGACAAAGGAGAGGAGGAAGAAGUUUGAGAAAGAGAGUGAAAAAUAUUACUCUCAAUUAGACAAACAUCUCAAUUUGUCCUCCAAGAAGAAGGACUUGCAGCUACAAGAGGCUGACGAACUUCUGGACAAAGAAAGACAUAUCUUCUAUGAGUCAUCCGUGGAGUAUGUGUACCAGAUCCAACAGGUGCAAGACAGGAAGAAGUUUGACGUUGUGGAGCCUGUUUUGGCGUUUCUUCAUAGCAUCUUAACGCUGAACAACUUGACUGUGGAGAUGACUCAGGACUUCAUGCCCUACAAGCAGGAGCUGCAGCUCAGCCUGCAGAAUACCAGAAACCACUUCGAGAGCACACGUGAGGAGAUGGAGGAGCUGAUGAAGAGAGUGAAACAGCCGUCACAGAUCAGUAAAAUGCACGGUCAGACAGUCUCCGAGGGUUAUCUGUACUCUCAAGAAAAGUGGGCCUUGGGUGUGUCAUGGGUGAAGUACUACUGCAGGUAUCACAAAGACAGCAAACUGUUUGUCAUGGUUCCGUGUGAGCAGAAACCAGCAACCAAACAGGGCCCCACAGAACUGAAACUCAAAUCCUGCAUCCGCCGGAAGACUGAAUCCAUAGACAAGCGCUUCUGCUUCGAGGUGGAGACUGUAGAGAGGAACACGCCUGUCAUCCUCCAGGCUCUGUCAGAAGGGGAAAGGAAGAUGUGGAUAGAGGCCAUGGACGGGAAAGAGCCUAUUUAUCAUUCCCCGAUUCACAAACAAGCUGAAAUGGAAUUGAAUGAAGUUGGGUUCAAGUUUGUGAGAAAGUGCAUCAAUUAUGUGGAAACAAAGGGACUCACACAAGAAGGAGUGUACAGAACUGUUGGCAGCAACAUCCAAGUGCAGAAGCUUUUAAAUGCCUUCUUUGACCAAGCAUGCCCAGGGGAUGUGGAUUUCCAAAACAGUGACUGGGAUGUUAAAACCAUCACAAGUGCCAUGAAGUUUUACCUCAGGAGCCUCACGGAACCUCUAAUGACUUACGGUCUCAACAGGGAGCUCAUUUUAGCUGCAAAAUCUGAAAGUCUUGACUGUCGACUUGGGGCCAUUCAUUCGUUGACCUACAAGCUUCCAGAGAAGAAUCGUGAAAUGCUAAACCUGCUUAUCCAACACCUGGUCAAUGUUUGCAGUAACAGUGGAGAGAAUCUCAUGACACCUUCAAACAUGGGGGUGAUCUUCGGUCCCACGCUGAUGAGGGCAGAGGAGGACACUGUGGCCGCGAUGCUGGAUAUCAAGUUCCAGAACAUUGUCAUUGAGAUUCUGAUCGAGGAUUACAAGAAGAUCUUCAGUGGCCCACCAGAGGAGAGCUCCGCCCCUCCCAUGCCUCCUCCAAGGAUCACCCCUAGGAAACGACAACCAAUCACAAUCUCCAAGCGCCCAGCACGUGCAUACCAAGCCCUUAAUCAUGACCAGUUCCAGCCAACCGAGAAUGAGCUGAACGGCAACGCUCAAAAUGGCCGCCGAGUAGAGCGCUUAGAUUCGGCUGGGGAGAGCCCCAGGAGUCCUGUACCCCUCCAGAGGACCAAGCCCCUGGGCCCUGCCCCCAGGCUCCCCCGGGACCCCCCGCACAGGCAGCUCCCUGUUCCCAAGCCGGCCGCGUCCCAGGACCGAAACUCAGAGUGUGAUGUGGCCAAAAUGGUGGCUAAACUACAGAGGUCAGAAACUUCGGCCGCUGCGAAUGGGAAGCCAGUAGUCGCUGUGAACCGAGCGCAGUCGUUCCAGAACAGGAGACCAGCCCCACGAGGGGCUUCAGUCAUCAGAGAAGGUGAAUGUGAACUGAUCAAAACAAGAUCUCCAGCUGAGAAGCAUGCCAUCUGCCGGCCCCCAGUCCGGCCCCCUGAUCCUCCUGCUCGAACUCCAGCUCCGCUGAGGAGCCCCGACGCAGCGCCCAGCGAGGACACUGCAGCAUCUUAUGUCGCUUCCAAAGCCAAGUUUUUUGAAAAUGCCUCCAGAUGAAUCAAAAGCUUUUUCACUCGCGUUCAUCUCAUCUGCUUUUCUGAUGCAGUUCAUCUGAUUCACCCGCAGCAUCGUCGACUCUCACUGUGCCUGAAGCGACAGGGUGUAAUUUCCCUCAUGUGUUUCAUCCUAUAUUUAAAAUUGUCUAAAGAGGAAUAUCCUUGUUGUUGUUGACAAUUAACAUUCGGAAUGUGGGACAACACUGAAUAUCUGGAUUGCACAAUGGAUGUGGAAUCUAAAAGAACACUUUUCAUUUACUUUUAAUCAAUAUGAUUUACUUUAUUGGGGACCCAUUUGUGAGGGAAUUGUGUAAGAUAAUUCUAAAUUAAGUCACAAUUUAUAUUAAUAUGAUCUUUGAAUGUUACUUUAUAACCUAAAAACCAUUUAUUGAAGCCAGUCAAAAUGUACUGUAGAUAAAUGGUCAUUUUCAAUCCUUCCUUAAAGAUGGUCUGCAUAUCUUCAACUAAAUACCAAUAAAUAUAUAUUUUCUCUGAACACUAACUGAAACUUAAACUGGUGGUUGCAUAGUGCUGGUUUAUCGUUUGUUGUUAAAUUAUAGCCUGCUUAGUUGUCUGUAGAUCAUUAUCAUUCCCAAUUGGUGACAUUGUGGUAGGCCUAGUGUAUAGCAAUGUAUGUACUGAACAACGCUCUCUCAUGAUUCAUUUUCAUCGUAACCGUCAAUUUCUUGCUAUUCUGUGGAAUCAUUAGAGCUAGUUGAUUUAUGAUCAAUGAUUUGUUAAGCAUUCAGUAGUCCAUUUGUCAUCCUGAAAACACAUCGAGGUACUGUUACUUUAGGCUACUUGCCAUUAUUGUUGUUAUCUAGCGAAAGGGUCAUUUAAAAGUUUAACUGACGUUAACAGUACCACACUUUGUUAACACAUUGUAGCUAUUUAGCUAGAGCUACUACGCUAGCUACAGUACACUAAUUCACUUCGAUUUUUUAUUGUAAAAAUAUGAGUUUACUCUUUUAGCUUUGCCCUGUGGAAUUCAGCUGUUAACAAUCCUUACACAGACGCAGUCAUAGCCUACCCUUUGUAUUUUUUGGAUUGGUGGGUCAAGGUAAUCUCCCUGGGAAGCAUUGUCCAGGAUCGUUAUUUUCUUGACCUACGCCCUACGGGACCCGAAAGAAGUGAGCCCUAGAACAGACUCUUCUCGUGUAUAGACGUUUCAGACAUGUUUUUAUUAUAAUACAUGUAGAAUAGCUGUUAUCUCCCCCAUAGCCUAGUGGUUUUUAUGAAUGGUUUAUUUUUUUUAUUAAUGUUUUAAAUGUGAAAAUUAAAUGUGAAGGUCUUUGUGAGGGCAAGAAGAUUAUGAGCAUUUUGUUAUCAUUGUGGAUUCUGUAAAUAUCUAUUAUUAAAGUCAAUAUGGAAUAGUGU